AUGCAGGCAUCAGCCUCCCAGGACAAGACCCGGAGGAAGCCUGGCUAUAAUGAAGGUACUCACCAUCCUGACUAUGAGAAUAUAACCUUGGCCUUCAGAAACAAGGAAGAGCUCAAACUCAAUAAAUCAGCACCCAAGAAACAAGCCCAGGUCAAGCCAUCACCGGACACACCUCAGAUCCCCCCCUGGUUUCACAGAACCAUCAUGAUCUUAUAUGUCCUCCUCGCUCUCAUCUUUUUAUUUUGCAUCAUCCUGUCGGCCUUGGUCCUGGUCAAAAAUUCUGAAAUGUCCAGGGAGCUGUGGAGCUUGAGAGCGGAGCUUCUGAAUGUUUCAAGCCUGGUGCAGCAGUGCCAGGAUCAGCAAGACAAUCAUUGGAAAGCUGUCCAGACGGGCAUCCGGGAGGCCAAGAGUCACAUUGCUACAGUCUCGAGCAAAGUGCAGAGUGGAAAUGACAAGCUAAAGACAGUGCCAGCAGAUAUAACUGACAUCAAGAAAACCCUUCAGGCACUAGAGAAGAAAGCACUUGCUCCGCCCACUUCUAAGUAAAUAAGAGGACAUUACAGCCAUACCUGGAAGGACUUGGGAUUGCACCUGCUAGUGAAGAUGGCAAAUGGGGGUACCCGGCUUGAGUGUGAGUCUGCCAUUCAUCCUCGUAGAGAAAAUUAUCUGUCUGGAGAAUGACUGUUGAAGAGUGUGCACGUAAGGGGACAUUUUGUGGCAUGUGGCAUUUCCAUGCAUCCAAGGAGAAGGUAUUACGGUGGAAAGAGAACAUGGAAGUCACAGCAUGUGUUACUCUUUAUGGGCCUCAUAGGUGUAUGGCCUGACGUAUAUGAGAACAGGCAUGCCCUGUUAGAUAGCUGUUCCUGUGAAGCCCUCAAAGUGUGUCAUUGUGAGUGUGGGUGUAGAUGAUAUGUGGGAUAUGCCUCCCCAUUAGCUUGAGUGUGUAUGUGUGCAUGUGACUAUUUUGUGUGUGUCACCGCAGUGGUGAGCAAUGUACACUCUGGGGAUGUACUGUGUUGUGUGUCAUUCCUAGUGUGCUUGGCUGUGUCACCUUGUGGGUUCAGAGCAUGUACACAAAUGUGCCCAUUAAUUUUUGUGCUUGUAUUUUAUGACUCAUGACGAUAAAUGCCAAGAGGAAUGAUAAUGGCUCUCGUGCUGUUAUUGGGUUGUCUGUGGGACAGAAGUUCAGGACUGGUGGUGAGACUAGAUUUAG